AUUUUUUUUUGUUCAAAUCAUAAAAACGCUUGUAUUGUAUUGUAUAUUGCCAAGCCAAUAAAAGCGCUCCUAAAGUACCAAAUGACGCGCGAUAGAGCGGGUCAGUUUCUAAAACCGUUUUUGGCUUUUUUUGCGGCGAAGAACAAAAUGGCCGUUUGAUUUAAAAUUAGUUUUCUUCUCGCUCUCUCUCUCUUUCUCGUUGAGAAAAUGAGAAAUCAUUGGGUUGUUAUGGAGAUAGUGGACUGAUAAUCUGACUGAGAAGAGAACCUACAAAACUUCCUAUUUGAAAUUGCAGAGCAGAGCAGAGAUGGUGAAGCAAACAUUGGGCAGGGCCAUCCAACUCGCUGACCAAGUCGCAAAGGCUUUGGACAGGGCCGUGGUGAGAUCCACGGACAAGAGCUUCAUCCCCGAGCUCAAAUCCAAGGAUGAAGAGAUGGUGGGGCUUCUCCGCCAACUCAGCAGCAUCGGCCUCGGCACCUACGAUCGCCCCGUACGUGCGAUUAUCGGCAGCGUCGAACAAAGCCUCGAUAGGUGUCUGUUCCUGCUGCUCAAGCACCACUGUCCCAAAUGGAUCAUCAUCAAGAUCAUCAAGAAGCGUUUCCCCACCCUCAUCCCCGUUGUUUGGUUACGUAAAACGUCGCAGCUUCUUGACGCUUCAAUCAGCGAAAUGUCUUGGCUGAUCCGUUUUCGUAAGAACAAGACGAACGGGAGAUUUGGACUGAAUCUGCCCCCAAUAACAGCAAACGAGCCCAUGCUGUAUCUCGUUUGGGAAGAGAUUGCAAUUCUUCAUGACCCGGCUGAAUCCUACCAAGCUCGAUCUAGUGCUGCAGCUUCACUCGUUUCGAUAGCCAAGGACCUAGACGUGUACGGCAAGUUGAUCAUCCGGGAAUGUGGAGUCGAAGCCUUGUUGAAAUUGAUGGAGGAGGGUCCAAUGGAAGCCAAACAGAUCGCUGCCGCAGCGCUCGGGGUUGUGGUAUAUUCCUCGGAAUGUGCCGGGAAAAGCGUCGAUGUAUGUAAAGUGUUUGCGAAAAUCCUCAGUGAAGGUUUCACGAAAGUUCAGGCUAAGGUGGCCUUCGCGGUGUCACUGAUCGCAGAAAGAAACCCCAAAUGGCAAGAUGCUUUUGCAGAGCACGAUGUUGUCCGCUUGCUUGUCGGCCAUCUUGCAUUCGAAACUGUUGGAUGGACUGAUAAUCUGACUGAGAAGAGAACCUACAAAACUUCCUAUUUGAAAUUGCAGAGCAGAGCAGAGAUGGUGAAGCAAACAUUGGGCAGGGCCAUCCAACUCGCUGACCAAGUCGCAAAGGCUUUGGACAGGGCCGUGGAGAGAUCCACGGACAAGAGCUUCAUCCCCGAGCUCAAAUCCAAGGAUGAAGAGAUGGUGGGGCUUCUCCGCCAACUCAGCAGCAUUGGCCUCGGCACCUACGAUCGCCCCGUACGUGCGAUUAUCGGCAGCGUCGAACAAAGCCUCGAUAGGUGUCUGUUCCUGCUGCUCAAGCACCACUGUCCCAAAUGGAUCAUCAUCAAGAUCAUCAAGAAGCGUUUCCCCACCCUCAUCCCCGUUGUUUGGUUACGUAAAACGUCGCAGCUUCUUGACGCUUCAAUCAGCGAAAUGUCUUGGCUGAUCCGUUUUCGUAAGAACAAGACGAACGGGAGAUUUGGACUGAAUCUGCCCCCAAUAACAGCAAACGAGCCCAUGCUGUAUCUCGUUUGGGAAGAGAUUGCAAUUCUUCAUGACCCGGCUGAAUCCUACCAAGCUCGAUCUAGUGCUGCAGCUUCACUCGUUUCGAUAGCCAAGGACCUAGACGUGUACGGCAAGUUGAUCAUCCGGGAAUGUGGAGUCGAAGCCUUGUUGAAAUUGAUGGAGGAGGGUCCAAUGGAAGCCAAAGAGAGCGCUGCCGCAGCGCUCGGGGUUGUGGUAUAUUCCUCGGAAUGUGCCGGGAAAAGCGUCGAUGUAUGUAAAGUGUUUGCGAAAAUCCUCAGUGAAGGUUUCACGAAAGUUCAGGCUAAGGUGGCCUUCGCGGUGUCACUGAUCGCAGAAAGAAACCCCAAAUGGCAAGAUGCUUUUGCAGAGCACGAUGUUGUCCGCUUGCUUGUCGGCCAUCUUGCAUUCGAAACUGUUGGAGUGCAUAGCAGCAAAACCCAUAGCAAUGACAAUGCCAAUGCCAAUGAAGACCCUGACACCAUAGCCAAAAUAAAAGCGAUGGCAGCCAAAGCCCUUUUCAGACUAGCCCAGGAGAACUCAGGCAUUUGCCGUAUCCUCGCAGAUUCAACAGCACUAUAUAGUUUUGCAGUACUCCUCGAAAAAGGUUGUGAAGAUGCUCAAUUAUAUUCUGUCAAUGCAUUAAUGGCGAUCAAGGAAGUGGCAGAGAAAGAUGCUGAUUUGAGAAUAAGAUGUGACUUGAGUCCUAAUUCCCCCACUUGGAAAUAUGUUGUUGAUCAAUUAUUACUGAAGAUCACCGAGAAGACAGAAAACUCAUACUUCCAAAUCUCAUGCAUCCAUGCUAUUGAGAAUUUGGCAAGGACAUUUGGGUCAAUAGAGACAAGAAUGAUUGGCCCAUUGGUGCAGCUUCUCAAUGGAAGAGAAUUUAAUGUUACCGAGGAGACUUGCAUUGCCCUCACAAAAUUAGCUUGUACAGACAACUAUUUUCGCAUUGAACAUUCCAAGGCAAUAAUAAGUGCUGGAGGUGUUAAACACUUAAUCCAGAUUUUGUAUGACAAGAAAGUUUUACAGGCGUUGGCUCUCAUCUGCUACAUUGCACUGCAUGUACCGGACAGCGAAGAGCUUGCCCAAGCUGAGGUGCUUGCAGCGCUUACGUGGGCAUCCAAGCUAUCUUUUAUGACCGUAUAUAAAGAGCUGGACAGAUUUCUGUGCAACAUUCCACUUCAUGUACCAGACUGGGAAGAACUUUACCAGGCUGGGGUGGUCCCGAUGCUUGUAUGGGAAACCAGUGGACGUUAUUUGUCCAAAGAAGACACACUGCGCACAUUGUUACAAGAGGCUAAGAGUAGGUUGAAUCUUCAUCAGUCCAAGGGCUCACGGGGGGUCAAUUGAUUCAAUCAAAAGCAAAGUGGUCUCUUAAAUUCAUUCAUGGAAAAAAGGAUAAAGACUCCCUUCUUUUUGUUCAUCAAUUUAUCAUUCUUUGUCAUUGUGCCUAUUUGCGCAAUUGGAUUUAGAACUUCCGUUUGUAUCAAGAAUCUGGUAGUUCAGGAUCAGUCUUGUGCCAGAGGUUCUGGUACUUGGU